UACAGCGGGGCGUGUCUGGCCAGGAAAGGUCGUGGUACUGUCUAUCGUACCUAAUAACGACGAUGGGGACCUAAAAAUGUAAGGUAAAAUAUCCAUAAAACGUUCCUGAAAGGAUUUGCUGUGGUAUUUUCUCGUCUAAAUUGUAUAAUUUGAAGUUUAAAGUGAAGACAGGGUGUACUGACCUAUUUACUUUUUACUUAUUUGAGCGCAGUCGCCAAUUUAGUGGAGAAUGUCACUGCGGGUUGCACAGGAGCUCAUGAGGCGGUCUCUACGGAGCUGCAUCUAUACGGUCAAACAUUGCAGCUCUACGGUGACAGAUUCAGACAUGAACUCAUCGUGUUCCUCCAAGCAACAGUUGGUUCACAUUUAUGGCACAAGGCAAAUCCAACCGUGGCGGGUUACCACUUGCAACAGUUCAGUGAGGUACCACUCGCAGGAUUCCAGUUUAGGACCAGAGAAAACGGAGCUAGUAUAUACUGCAGUGGCGGGCUCUUUAGUUCUGGAAGAAGUCCAGUCCCCCUCGGGCCAGAAACAGUGGCGAUCCCCUUUUUUUGAGCACCUGCAGCUUUGUGGCUCCCCAUCAGAUGUGCUUGAUCUCAGCCAACAAUAUAAACCCUCUCCUCGACAUAUUAGCAAAUGCUUAACACACAUGUGGGGCAGCAUCAAGAAUAUGUCUGAUGUGCAGCGGCGAUGUGAGCUGCAGCUGAUGUUUGAGCAUCCCGAAUUUGACCAGCUCCUGCAAGUUGCCAUGACUGCUGUAGGCUCCAUGUGGAAUGAAGACUUGGCUUACUGUCUCCUGGCUAUGGUGAAUCUGGGCGUGCCCCAACGAAGCCGUGUGGUCCAAAUGUACCUCCGUGCCUGCCAGGAGAUGUUGAAUGACUUUGAUGAGAAGAGUCUGUCCAUUUUGGCCUCCUGUCUGGAACAGAUGAAGAACAUGCCAAAUGUGCCAAAUGUUGAUGCACUGAAACAAGGCUUGAGGUUGGUUGUUGAGGGACGUCUUCCCAGGAUUAAGAAUGUUUUGGGGCUUCAGACCGCGAUGCGUCUCUUGGGUAAAGAUAUGUCGCUUGAAGUCAAAUGGAAACUUGAGCAAAAAGCCUUAUCAAUGACAGAGCAGUUCACCCUACCCAACACACAGUACAUGAUCUCCACCAUGGCCAUGAUGGGCUUCUAUUCCAAAUCCCUGCUGGAUAUCUGCAGUCAGAGAAUUACAGAAAACCUCCAUGAAAUCCCAUUUAACAGACUAUUAGCAGUGUUGCUGUCGUGUCGGGAGCUGAACUACAAAAAUUUCACCCUGCUUACAAGCAUCUGUGACUACCUUGCCUCCACCUUAGACAUAUGGACUCAAAAGGAGGUAGUCCUUCUCUUGUCCGUAUUCGAGAGCCUUGCCUUUUGUCCUGCAGCAUUGAUGGGGGAUUUUUCAAAAAAAAUCAUCGCCAAUCCAGGCACUCUGUCACUUAAAGACCUUCUCUGUGUCCUUAAAGUGUACUCGUCGCUCAACUAUUGCCUGCAGCAUGACAGAGAACAGUUUCUGCAGAGUCUCAGCCAGUCUCUGAAUUUCUACCUGCCCAGGAUGUCUGAAUAUGAACUAUUAAAGGCAUGUUAUUGUAUGUGCCUUCUUGGUCACUUCCCAUCCAUGCCACUGGAGAAACUCCUACAGGGUUCUACCCUGGAGGUGCUGAGUAGCCGAGUGAAGUAUCCCAGGAAACAGGAGCAAAUGUUUCAGACAGUGCACCUGUGCCUCCACCUUGACCAGCAUUUUCUCCCUCGGCCAUUGAGUGUCCCUGCACAUAUGCAGGGAGUAGUAAGAUGCAGUGCUCCGCCUGCCAAUCAGCGGUUCUUGCAACUCCUGCAAAGGACGUUGUCUGACCAAGCAGAUAUAGUGCUAGAGGAAAUGGUGGUGGUGGAGAACCUAUACUUCAUAGAUGCUGUGAUAAGCAAAUUCGUGGCAAAACAACCCUCAAGUGAAGAAACGCAAGCACAAAAAUGGGCAGUUCUUUGUCUGGCUCCUUCUGCUUUCUGCUUUGGUACAUCUCAACUGCGAGGUCCACUGGCUGUCAAGCUUCGCCAUCUCAAGAUUUUAGGAUAUCAUCCAAUUAUGAUAACACAACAGGAUUUGAGGUCUGAAGAGAGGCAGCACAACUCCUCACAGCACAAAUUUUUCUGGAAAGGCCAGCCCCAGGCAUGACAAUCAGUAUCUGAUAAUCUUUGUUGUUAUUAUAAAGGUUGAUGAUCAGAUGAUCUGCGAAUAUGCUACCAGGUGUAGGUUAUCCUGUUGCAAAUGUUGUACUACUUAUUCAAACAAAAUCAAAUGUACCCAAAGGUGAGAUAUUUAGCUGUCGAUUAAAAUUGUAUGAGGUUAUUAGAAUUUUUUUCACAAUUUCUCCCAUAAAUUUUAAUUAUUUAAUUUAUCAAAUAUGUGCUAUAUGCUGAUCGUUUUUCUGCUUGCAAUUAGUGCUAGUUCGCAUGGUUUGCACAGUUUGUUGUGCAAACAUUUAGUCAACUGUUUCGAGCAGCUACAUUUGCAGAAACCUAAGGAAGAGGAAACCUGCGGUACAGACAGGAAACUGUUCAGUUGCAUUGUUUUAUCCAGAUUUUGUUUUAUUAGUACUCUUUACAUAUUGAGAUCGUCCUUCGUUCUUUGAAAACAAACUGCUGCUUCAAUUGCAGAAG